AUGACCGAACCAAUUACCUCCACCACCACCGGUGAAACCUAUCAGCCUUACACGGACGUCAACCCUCCCCCGCGGCCAAACUUAUCCUACGCAAAUGGAGCUCCCAUGACCGAGCGAGAAAUCGAAGCAGCCGAAGCCGAAGCCAAAGCGGAACGUGAAUCCACCCCCGAACCCAAGGACUUCGGCAUAGCCUUCCCGACCAACCUACCCACUCCGCCCUUCUUGCACGUCCAAGGUGUUCCCAACUUCCGCGACAUAGGAGGCUAUCAAUGCCAACCACCCCCCUCCGCCUCCGCCUCACCGGACAGCCGAUUCUACACUCUUCGACGCGGCAUCCUAUACCGCUGCGCCCAUCCGACACACCUCACCCCGGAAGGCGCCCAAUACCUGACGCAAACCCUCAACGUGCACAGCAUCUACGAUUUGCGGUCUGCACCAGAAAUCAUCCGCCUCGCCAGCACCGUCGCCAACAGCCCCAAGGGCGUCUACCCGCUCGCCAACCCCAACACAGGCUGCGUCGACGACUACCCCGGUCUAACCCGCCACUUCGCUCCCGUCUAUCAAACCGAGGAUUAUGGCCCCGUGGCCCUGGCGACCAAACUCGCAUGGUACACCGCCGAACACGCGCACGACGAGGAAGCCGGCUUUUCUUACUCCGAGGGCUUCGUCAAAGCGUACCGCGAUAUCGCCGAGCACGGCAUCGGCGCCUAUACGCUCAUGUUCCGGCACCUGCUCGAGAAGCCUGACGCCCCGUUCGUCUUCCACUGCACGGCCGGCAAAGAUCGGACGGGUGUCUUUGGAGCCUUGGUGCUCAAGCUAGUCGGCGUCCCGGACGAGACAAUUUGCUGGGAAUACGCGCUCACGGAACCGGGGCUGGGCGCGUGGCGCAAGGAGCUCAUUGACCGUAUUGCACAGACUGGGAUCGGGUCGGGGGGGUCUCGCCCGUCGGAUGAGAAAGUUUAUACGGGGGAUAGGCCGGCUGUCUCGCGUGACGAGGCGGCAAGGAUCUGCGGGAGUCGCGCGGGGAAUAUGCGUGCAUUCCUGAGGACUGUGCUGGAGGGUGAGUAUGGUGGCAUCGAUGGCUAUUUGAUGGGGAAAUGCGGCUUUAGCGAAGAUGAGGUCCGGAGGUUGAGAGAGGUUUUGACGGUGCAGGUGGAGGAUCCGAAGGACGUGGUGCAGAUGUGCGGUAUUGAGGGCUGGACUCCUGAGGGGGGUGUGGUGGAUUAA